UCUCUCCUCUUCAGGACUGUGGACGGCUGAUUUUACUUCAACGUUUCCUUAGUUUUUUUCUUUUCUUUUCUUUUCUUUUCUUUUCGAGCUUUUGCUUUUUUCUUAUUUUUGUUCUUCUGCUGCAACAACUAGGAUGCUUUACCCUGUUAGUUUGUGCCAGAUCAUUUCCAGCCUGUUUGUUCUCUGCAGCGCUGCAGUCAUGGCAGAAAGCGAAUGCCCAGCCGAGUGCUCCUGUCCCCCCUCGCCCCCAGUAUGCCCGCCGGGUGACAGCUGGGUAACCGACCACUGCGGCUGCUGUAAAGUGUGCGCCAGGCAGUUCAAUGAGGACUGUAGCCCGACCGAGCCCUGUGAUCACAUCAAGGGGCUACGCUGCCAUCUGGGGGCCGGAGGAGACCCUGAGAGGGGACUGUGUAGAGCUGAGGCCCAAGGUCUGCCCUGCGAGUUCAACGGCCGGGUGUAUCAGCACGGCGAGGCCUUCCAGCCCAACUGCCAUCACCAGUGCACCUGUAUUGACAGAGUAGUGGGAUGCAUGCCCAUCUGUCCUCAACAAGUAUCCCUGCCCGACUGGCGCUGCUUAAGGCCCCGGUUGGCCCGGACCGAGGGCGGUUGCUGCGAGGAAUGGGUGUGUGAUGAUGACAACCACAUCAGUGAGGAGCCAGAUGAACUGACACACACCUCCCUGCCAGACAGCCAGCCCCUUCCCAACCACAUCAGUGCCCUCUUGCAGGUCCAGCCGCAGCCUCGGCACCCAGCUGCCACUGGAGGAGCCACGUUCAGAGAAAUUAUGUCGUUCCCCAUGUCUGAGGUGUUACUGAAGUCCAGCUGUUUCCCACAAACCACUGAGUGGACCGAGUGCUCCACCACAUGUGGGAUGGGUGUAUCAAGUCGGGUGACCAACAACAACCUGGACUGUCGGAUGGUCAGAGAGACCAGAUUGUGCCAGAUCCGACUGUGUGAUCUUCAGCUUCCUGUAGCUAUCAAGAAGGGUAAAAAGUGUCAGAGAACCGUCCGCCAGCAGGAACCGGUUAGUAUCACCUUCGCUGGAUGCUCUACAGCACAGCGUUACCGCCCUCGUACCUGCGGAACCUGCAGCGAUGACCGCUGCUGCACACCCUCCCUCUCCCGCACCGUGAGGCUCCGCUUCCAUUGCCCGGAUGGCGAGGGCUUCUACCGAAACGUCAUGUGGAUCCAGCGCUGUAGCUGCAGCACAACCUGCCGUAAACACGGCGGGCGCUCCAGCCCCUCAGUCAGCCUCCACAACGACAUCCACACCUUCAGGCACUGAGGCUGACUCAUCAUGCCCAUCCCUGGCCUGGCACACUGGGCAAAGACUCUGCACCUCCUCCCCCUCUAAACCCACCGCCUCCCCGUCUGUCAGCUGGGUGGGAACCUCUGAGCUCCUGCCAUCCUUCUUCCUCCACCACGCAAUAUGCUCGCUUGCACUUUAAGCUUCCUGCCAUGAUGACAUCAGUUUGCCCACACUAGAGGUGUGUUACCUCGCUAGCACCAGAGCAGCACUGAGGACAACACACUGCUGCUGUGUUAGACUGCUGGCAGAAAGCUUGUACUGAAACUUCUUUUAUUUAUUUGUAACUUUUUAUUCAUGUCCUCUGUUUCCACAGAGGGAUGUGUGACGGUCUGUCACACAGAAAGUUGUUCAGACCAGUAACAGGGAACAUUCAUGAGAAGUGAUGAGAAUUAUGGACAUGCAUCUUCUGUCUGAUGCAUUUUCAAUGAAUGAGAAAUAACUAGAUUACUCAAUAUGCAUUAGUGACUACAGUGAGUGUGUGUCCAUCAUGGCCUGUCCUUUGUGAUAUAAUGUUUCCGACACAUGUACUGAUUGUGGAGUUGAUCAAUUCUGUGUGUGUGUGUGUGUGUGUGUGUGUGUGUGUGUGUGUGUGUGUGUGUGUCCUGUCUGAAGAAUGAGGAACUCUCACAGGAGAGAAUUUACAGAGAAUGUGCUCAUUAUGCUACUACAGUAUAUAGAUUACAGCAUAUAGUGUAUAUAGACUUCACUCUUAUUUGUGGAGUGAUAAUUUGUGAGGAUCACCUCAUUUUUCGGGGUGUGAUUUUUUUUUUGUAUAUGUGUCCUUCACAUUGUACAUAGAGUGCUUUAAUUUGAAGGAUGAUAUGAUGCUACAUAUUUAAGAUAUGUAAUGCUUAGUUCGUUGGAUGUUUUUUGUUUUGUUUUUGUCUGUAAGCUCCUGUACAUCAAAUAAAACGUCAUCAACCUGUAA